AUCGACGAAAAUGGACUUAUUAUUUCUGAGUAGGCGAAUUUAUUUGGGCACCGAGGAGGGUUUUAUGCACGGCGGCAUAAUCGUUAAUAGUGAGGGAAUAAUCAAGCAGAUUUUACGUUCAGCCCAAGAAGUCAAUUCAUAUCUCUAUAAUAUCGAAUCCGAGGCAGUUUACGAUUUUGAAAAUAUGGUGCUAAUGCCGGGUCUAAUCGAUGUCAAUGUCCAUAUCAAUGAACCGGGUCGCAAGGAUUGGGAAGGUUUUUUGAAUGCCACGAAAGCAGCGGCUGCCGGUGGUUUUACCACAAUUAUUGAUCGACCUACCAACUCCAUACCUCCCACCACCUCCAUGGCCGCCUUGAAGGCCAAAUUGUGUACGGCUCGCGGAAAAUUAUAUGUUGAUGUCGGAUUUUGGGGUGGCCUCAAUACCAAAGAUUGGUCUGAUAUGCCUGCCCUUAUAGCAGGUGGUGUAAUGGGACUACAAUGUACUCUGGUGGAAUCACCCGAACCUGUGGGUAAAGAAUAUCCACCCAUAACAAAGGAACAAUUGGAGACCGUGUUGCAAAAAGUCGAUGAUGGAAUUCUAAUAGCAGUUCAUGCCGAAGAAGCUCUUGACAUUCCAAUUAAAGCCAAUGAAGAGGAACCCAAAUGUUAUGAGUCAUUUCUCAGGACAAGACCAGCAGAGAUGGAAGUGAAGGCUGUGAGGACAAUUGCGGAAUUGGCAGUUAAACACAAAAAGAAACAUUUCCACCUCCUAAAUCUAAGUGCCAACGAAGUCCUGCCCAUUAUCAAGGAUUGCAAGGCCAAGGGUGCCAAGUUGACUGCCGAAACUUGUCCCCAUUAUCUCAGUUUAGCAGCUGAAGAUGUGGAAGACUGUCGCACAGAAUUUAAAACCCAUCCACCAAUUAGAGCCCGCUCCAAUCAGGCGGCCUUAUGGGACGGGGUAAAGUCUGGCGUGAUAGAUAUCAUUGCCUCAGAUCAUUCUCCUGCCACUCCGGGACCCAAAUGUCUUACCUAUGGUAGGACACGUGGAAAUUUCCUUAAUGCUUGGCCUGGUAUCUCGUCACUACAAUUGGGUUUGUCGGUAAUGUGGACCCACUGUGAAAAACAUGGACUGGGCAUGCAACAUCUCUACAAGACAAUGUGUGAAAAUCCCGCUAUUUUGUGUGGCCUGGAAAAUUCUAAGGGUAAAAUUAUUGAGGGUUAUGAUGCUGACUUUUGUAUUUGGGAUCCGGAUGCAGAAUUUCAUGUCGAUGCAGAUAUGCUGUUUUCAACUAAUAAGGCCACACCUUAUAUGAAUCAACGUCUACGUGGUAUGGUCCAUGCCACAGUUGUACGCGGCCUGCAUGUUUACCAACAACAUGAGGGAUUCGGUCAACCUCUGGGAAGAAUUGUUCUUCGCAAAAAUGUUAAAAAAGUUGUGAAUGAGUCCAAGUAUAAUGUCUUUGGAUAUGAUGGAAAAGCCAAAGUUUGGAGAAAACCAAAUACUGCCCUGCAACCGAAGAACAUUGUAAGUACGGUAAAACACGGUGGUGGCAGUGUAAUGGUCUGGGGAGCGAUUGCAGCAUCAGGAGUAGAAAACCUUGUGUUUGUAGAAGGUAAUAUGGACCGCUUGCAAUACAAGCGCAUAUUGGGACAUAAUCUGCAGCCAUCCGUGGACAAACUAAACCUUGGUGCGAGCUGGAUCUUCCAACAGGACAAUGAUCCUAAGCACACGGCGAAAAUUGUUAAAGAUUGGCUGCUGUAUUAUGCCCCACGACAGCUGCAUUCAACCCCACAAAGCCCGGACUUAAAUAUUAUUGAGCAUGUUUGGGAAAUUUUGGUCCGCACUAUUACUAGUGCUGAACUACUCAAAGAUAAGCUGAUGGAGGAGUGGCAGAACAUCUCGGUGGAAGAGCUAGAAAAUUUAGCUGCUUCAAUGCCUAGAAGACUGCAAGCAGUCAUCGAUGCUAACGGCGGCCCAACUAAAUAUUAA